UCCCCCUCCCCUGAUCGUCAGCUAACUCGACUUGACUCUCUCUCAGCUCUCCUUCAGAGCAUUGCCUGCUGCAUGAAUGCACGCCUGCCUUCCGUGCUCCUCAAUCCAUGUCGGGAUCGGAGCGCACCUCCCGUAGCCAUCUGCGAUCCAUUCGAAUACCUGGUGAUGGAAGGUGCUUGUUCAGAUCAAUAGCCCAUGGUGCCUGCCUCAGAGAAGGGAAGCCAUCUCCAAGCGAAAACCUCCAGAAAGAACUUGCAGAUGAGCUGAGAUCAAAAGUGGCUGAUGAAUUCAUCAAGAGGAGGACAGACACGGAAUGGUUUCUUGAGGGAGACUUUGACACAUAUGUGAGGCAGAUCAGGAAGCCUCACAUUUGGGGAGGUGAACCAGAGCUGCUCAUGUGUUCUCAUGUUCUUCAGAUGCCGAUCACGGUUUACAUGUCGAGCAACAGCCCUGAUGGCCUAAAAAUCAUAGCUGAGUAUGGUCAGGAAUAUAGCAAAGAGAAUCCGAUUCGAGUGCUGUAUCAUGGGUAUGGGCACUAUGAUGCACUGCAGAUGCCUCUUGCAAAAACAAAAUCAAAAUGGUUGAGUCAUUGAACUGAUGUAAAAGGAUCAAUUCAAGCAAUGAAAAUUUAUUAUAUUUCAGGCACUGUGAUUGUUAACGUCGAGGGGUAUUGCAGGAGCAUAAAAGGGAGAAAAUUACAUUUUUAAUCCCUGACUUUAUAUAUUUUUUUUAUUUAUUUUAAUGUCUCAAUGGAUUUAAAAAUUUUA